GAUAUGGCUCGAAGGUCCAAUCAAAUCAUUCAGCUCGCGAUCCUAUGUGGGCGAUACCUAUCAAAACAACGUUCUGUGUUGUAAACCGCGCGUUCUAUUUACAAAUUGAAAACAUUGACUGAAAAUAUUUAGCUUUUAACGUGAAUAGAGAUGCAGUGAUAUAUUUUGUUGGAAUAAGACUUGACUUUGGAUUUAUUGACUGUGUGCGAUUUGAUUUGUGUCGAAAAUGACCGCUUCCACUAUGAUUGAAUUGGAAUCCUGGAUAAUCUACCAGUGUGUUCUGAAUGAAUGCCAUGUGUCCAGCAGCUGAGCUGGAUGUGUAGCUGAUUGUGUUUUAUUUUACAAGAAGUUUCUUUAAUUUUUCUUCAUGGUAUCAUCAAUGGAAGGCGGCGCGUGGUGCGCUCGCGACAUCUCGCUGCGCGCGCAGAAGAAGUUCCUCUCGCGCGUCGGCGGCGCCGCCAGUGCGCGGGCGCUUGUGCUUGACGAACAUGCUGCCAAGCUGUUGGAUCAGUUCCUGACAGUCCUCCGGGAGCGCCUAGAGAAGCGCGAGGCGGAGAAGCUGGUGAAGCACGUGAUCAAGUCAGCAGUCAAGCUGGGCGUGCUGCGACGUCACGGACAACUGUCGGCGGCAGACGAGAGAGCACUGGCGGCCUUCCGAUCCAAGUUCCAUACUGUCCUGAUGGCGGUGGUGUCGUUCUGCGAGGUGGACUUCUCGUACGACCGUGGCUUCCUCCAGGAUGCCCUACGCGAAUCUCACCAGUCCCUUAAAGCGGUGGUAGAGCGUCACCUGACUGACAAGUCAGUGUCCCGCCUGGCGGGGGUGUUCUCGAUCGCGUCGCGAGGUGAGCUGCUCGACUCUCUGUUCGCAGGCCAAGUCGACGAGGACGUGCUCAAACUAUCCCGAAUGCUGCGCAAAGAACUCGACCGGGGCCUUCUAUAAACACCGACACCACACCUCCUGUGCCGUCCUUUACCAAAGUUAAACGUACCAAUGUGGACGACUCCACUCGCACUCGGCUGCGAGUCGUCGGGACUCGGGAGUCUUCGUGAAUCUCCGACUAAGGGAACACUUACGAUAUCGUUAUCUCCACAAAUGGAGAUUUGAUUUUUUAUUACGAUUUAUCUAGUUAGAAUUGUAUGUGUUUGCGUACAGUGCACUGCUGGGUCGUAAGCCGGCUUUGAGAUUGGCUCGUUUAUAUUUUAACCGACUUCAAAAAAAAGGUUCUCUGGUCAUUAAAAUGAGUUUACUCGUGUACCUUAUUUUAAAGUAAAAAAAUGUGAAACAUUUUCACAGUCAAAUAAUAAUGACAUGAGUUUUAAUAAUAACUAAACAUUUAUUGAUAAGAUAAUGACAAAAAUAGCAUUCAUAUACCGAAUCAAAGCCGGAUGCGAUGUAGGGCAAGCUUCAGCAAUCAUUUCACUAAAAGCACAUCAAAUGUUACACAGCCAUUCGUUAGCUCUCUCCAAAAAACGUGUAAACAAAUAUGGCGGAACAAAUAGUGAAAUAUAAUAAAAAACAAGACUUUUAUUGAAUACUCAGUGAAUUAAUGUUGUUUUGUCAAUAUUAAAUUGAAUUAUGAUUUUUAAGUAGGUAUGUAUUUGUAAAUUAAAUUGGUGAAAUUUGACAAAGUUAUCUAGCUCUGGGGUUACCGGUUGCUGAAAUAUUGUAAUUUAUUCUACUUAUAAUGUAUACUUUUUACAACAAAUUGCGUAUACACUUUCAAUGAUAAAAUGUGUUAUUAAAAUGCCUCUUAUUCAAUACUUUGACUGCUUAUGAUAAUGUUUCUUUCCAAUAUGAACUUGCCUGCCGUUUCUGCCAAUUUUAUUGAAUGAAUAAAAAAAAUAUAUGCUUGAAUACAUGACUAUGUUGGAACCACGAUCUUGCCUAGUUUUAACGCCUUUUAAGAUUAUCACAGCAUUAUUAUUUUAGAAUGCAUUUAAUAGUUUGUAUAUAAAAAUAAAUUAAGGUAUACUCGAUUAAUUUAAUUUUGUAAUUAUAUAAUUUUUACGCUAUAGUUUUUAAGUGAAGUGUUACCAGUAAGGUACCUAAGUCGUUCGUUUACAAAUAUCAAUAAUGUUGUUUUUAAACUUGCAUACAGAUCCGUAGAUAAUUAUUUAAUAAUAAGUCAUUCAAUUAAUUUUUGUUUUACAACAAACGGAAUUCAAUAAUGUGAGCUCUUGUGAAGCGUAUUCUAUAGGAAGAAUCUUAAUAAUGAACAUUUACCUAAUUAUUUAUAAAUAAUCUGGACUUACGAUACUUUAUAUUUUCCAGAAGUUUCUACCGAAUAAAUAUUUAUCUACGGAUCUGGCUGCAUACUUAACCUUGUAUUGUAAUCUACUCAUAUAAACGAAAAUAAUAGACUUAAACAAAAACAUAUUUAAGCCUACAUGUCUACGAAUAUACUGAAUACAUAUAACAUUCUAAGGCCCUAUUGCAUUACUUGAUAAAAUCUUGUCAGUCAUCAAUAGUCAAACUCGACAUUCUCAAAUUUUACUGAAUUGUAACUUUCAUGACAACAUUUUAACGGGAAAUCUGAAACAAAGAAUCUUGUAUUUGUGUUUUUUUUAUAACAGAUGGUUAUUUUAAUAAUUUAUGAUUUAAUUUUAUUAAGAUCAGUAUUCAUAAAAAACUUUGUAGAACAACUCACAUCAUUAAACACAACAACAAAAACACAAUUUGAAAAAAAAAAUCGGAUCUUGAAAAAUUUACAACAAAAAAAAAAACAACUUCGGACCAAAACUUUAAUAUCUACAGUUCAAACAUAUCUGAACUAGAAUUCAUAUCUUAGUUAUUUUUAGCAAUAAACUCUAUAGUCAUAGAUUAUUGUUUUUGUAUAGUUAUAAUGUUAGUGCGGCAACUUCACUGGGACGCACAUCUCUCUUGCCUCUCUCGUUUUGGUGUUCUGGUGUUUUCUAGUUAGAGAUCACACAUGACAAUUGUAUUGAAAACAAUCGAGCAUAUGCCAUUAUUAUAUUCAGGUAUAUUUUUUUACUAUUUGAAGUCGUUACUGCACAGUAAAUCUUGUAGCAACAAAAAUGUCUAUCGCUCUUCUUAUGACCAUCAAUUUACGUCGAGUAGUCCUUUGUACCCAUUAUUCAGAAAAUUAAGUAUGUUUGUUUAUCCUAACGGUCGGGUUGAAAGAAUAUUUCCCAGUGGUCUAGUCUACUUAGUAGUGUGUGCAUCUCUAAAUGGAAACCACCAAAUGUCAUAGCUAGAUGAAAUCAAAGAGACGUCCAAGUAGGGAUUGUAUUAAAAAGACAAUAUCGAUGUGUAAUAUAAAUAAAUAAAUGUUUGAUUCCUAGACUCUGACGUCUUACUGGAUUGAUGUGAAAUGAAUGUUAAAAGUUAGUUUUUACAAAAACUGGUGUGUUUUAUAUGUUAGCGUAUGUGUUAGAAGUUAGUUUCUUAACUUUUGAAUGUUUCAUUGUAUUUUGAAGACAACGUCCACCUCUUUAGAGUAUGGGAUCCCGAUUGUGAGAUUAAUCGAUUGUUUGAGUUUGGGAUAUGUAAUUCUUCAAUGACUUUCAGCUUAUGCUAGUAUGAAAGACAUUUUUUUCUGCCUUCGAUUUAAUUUUUGUUUGAUAUCGAGGUGAACGCUGUUCCUUCAACGAACCAUAUUUGUCAAGUAGAAAGUAUUUUAAUACAUUGUCCAAAUAUCAAUGGAUGGCAAUUUUUGGAUCAUAUUCAAUGGUGGAGUAAGAGAUUCAAAGAAAACAACGCAAUCCCAGUCAGAUGUUGUUUUAAUGAACUUUUAUGUACUUGUAGAGACACAAAUGUUACAACUUUGAUUUAGAACACAUUUUACGCUAAAUGACAGAAGCGUUUUAUGACACAGUAAAAUUAGCAAACUAGACAAUAUUGAAAUUGGCCAGACGAUAAGUUUUUUUCGAUUUCGUGACUCACAUUUUUCUGUAUCGUUGAUUAUUUAUUGUUGCUUAGUUUUAUUCGAAACGAUGCAGGAACUGAAUUAUGAUAUUACAACCGAUGAGAAUAGUGCAUAAUGUUCCAAAUGUAAAAGCAACUUAAAAAUUCAUGUUCUCACCAAUUUCCAUAUUGUUUAAGUUUUUUUUAUAAUAAAGUACCGCGCACGAAGCACGUACAUGACUUUAAGUAAUAUUUAUUACAUCGUAGGGCUAUUUUCACAUAUUGAGAACGUCAGCGUUCGACACGGGUGGAGCCGUUAACUUAAUGUAAUAAUUUUUGUUAAGCUGUGUUAUUGUAAUAAGAUUUGAUAUCAAAUAUACAAUUGAUAAGAG